AUUAAUGAACACGAGUGUAUACAUAAAUGUUGUGUCUACAGUGUAUUUAUUAAAUAAAAAUAGAGAAUUGAGUUGUCAAACAAUCAGUAAUAACGAUGAAAGAAUGGAAUAUUUUAUCAAAAAAUUAAAUAUUUAUUAUAAAAUAUUUUAAAACACUACAAAAUCUAGAAUGGUCACUAAUGUUUGUGGUAGAAUAUGACUCCAUUAGAUAAUAUAUUUUCAAUUUAUUCUAAGUGUCAACAUGAUCAACAUUUUCUAAGAUUUAGCUAAAACUAUGCCAUUCGUAAAUUGAUCAUCAUGAAAUCAGUAUAUAGAUUCAUUAUUAUAUUUAUUGUUUUUAUUAGUUUAGUUAUUUUUCUCAGUUUCUCUAAUCAAUUUUCAAAUCAAAUUUAUGAUGAGAAAAAACCUAAAGAAUCUUCAUUAAUAUCAAAUGUGCAUAUUAUACCUGAUGCUGAUGUUCAAGAAGUUACAAUAUGUGUGGUCGUUUGUGGUGACAGAUUGGAUGAAUCUCUUACAAUGUUCAAAUCAGCUCUAAUAUUUACUAAAAGACAAUUAAAAUUGAUUGUUAUCACAGAAAACAAUUUAAUAGAUCAUUUUGACGAAAAACUUAGUGAAUGGAAACUUAUGACGAAUAAUUCAUUCACAUACGUUUUGAAACCAAUCAAAUUUCCUGAAAAAAGUGAUGCUUUAAUGUGGAAAAAAUUAUUUAAACCAUGUGCUGCUCAAAGACUUUUUCUACCGACCGUACUCAAUGACACUGAUGCAAUUCUCUACGUUGAUACUGAUACGCUUUUCUUAGCUCCACCAGAAAUAAUUUGGGAUGAGUUUAAGAAGAUGAAUUCUACUCAAUUAGCAGCUUUAAGUCCAGAACAUGAAGAUCCAAACACUGGAUGGUAUAAUCGUUUUGCUAAACAUCCAUAUUAUGGUAAACUUGGUGUAAACUCAGGUGUUAUGUUAAUGAAUUUAACACGAAUGAGAGAAUUCAGAUGGACUGAUUAUGUGAUUCCAAUUCAUAAAGAGUAUAAGUUGAAUAUAACUUGGGGUGAUCAAGAUAUAAUCAAUAUCAUUUUUCAUUAUCAUCCGGAGAGAUUAUACAUUUAUACAUGUCGCUUUAAUUAUAGACCUGAUCACUGUAUGUACAUGUCUGUAUGUACAGACGCUGAAAAUCAUGGUGCUUUAGUUAUUCAUGGGUCUCGAGGUACUUUUCAUUCACAAAAACACCCUCCAUUUCGGGCUGUAUAUCAAGCAAUACAAGAAUAUCAGUUUAAUACUGACAAAUUUGAAAAUUUAUUUGUACCAAUGCAAAAUUAUUUAAUGAUGGAGGAUAACUCAAAUUGUGGGAAAGUUAGAAAAGUAUUUAUUAAACAACCUGAAUUACAUUUAAGCAGGAACAAAUUUAUUUCUCGAUAAAAUAUGAUAUCAUUAAAAAAAAAAAAAUUUUUUUUCAAUGCUCAAGUAUAUUAUAGUUUGAUU